UUUUCUUAUUCGACUGUUGGCAGCCCUGGGGCAAGUACUUACCGUUCAAAAAAAGGGUGCGCGAAUUUCCCGGGAACUUUGUAGGUUUACGAUGGCAUCAAAGGGAAAAGCCAAGGCUGCACCGCGCCCCCGCAAGAAGGCCAAUGGCUAUGCUAAGUCUAUGAAGAUCCCUCUGGGGACAGUGCUGACAGAUGUGGAGAAAAAACAGUGGCGGGUCGGGCCGGCAAUUGGCAGUGGAGGAUUUGGGGAUAUUUAUUCUUGUUGCCUUGCGGAAAGAGCCCCAAAAAAUUCAGAUGACUACGAGUAUGUCCUGAAGAUUGAACCCUAUGAAAAUGGGCCGCUUUUCGUGGAGAUGCACUUCUACAUGCGGAACACAAACAGAAGUGAUAUUGAAAGCUUCAAGAAGGACCGGCGCUUGAAGAGUUUUGGUAUGCCAUAUCUCGUUGGCAGAGGGACACCUGAAUUGCAGGGGGAGAAACAUAGAUUCUUGAUUAUACCUCGAUAUGGGAGUGAUAUCUGGAAGAUAUUCAUCAACAAUGGCCGGCAGAUUCCUCAGCACACAGUCUACAGACUGGGUAUCCAGAUGCUGGAUGUCUUGGAAUAUAUUCAUGGGAGGACUUAUAUCCAUGGAGAUCUCAAAGGUGCCAAUAUUCUGUUGGGAUUCGGAAAGGGUGGAGGGGCUCAAGCCCAUUUGGUGGAUUUUGGACUUGCUACGCAUUACACCAUGAAGGAAUUCAAGCCUGAUCCCAAGCAGAUGCACAAUGGCACGAUUGAAUACCUCUCCAGAGAUGCCCAUUUGGGUGUCCCAACCAUGAGGGGUGACUUGGAAAUUCUCGGUUACAAUCUCAUUCAGUGGUGUGCCUCAAAGCUUCCCUGGGAAGCUCCGGAGAUCCUCAAAGUUCCCAUCAAAGUUCAAGAAGCGAAGGAAAAUUUUAUGGGAGAUUUGGAGAAGAAUUUCAAAGCUCUCUUUCCGCGAGACUUGCCGCGCCCCCUUUUGCACUUUAUGAUCCAUGUGCGAGAUCUAAAGUACGACCAGAAGCCGGACUACAGCAAAUGCCGACAGAUUCUCGAGAAAGGUCUCAAGGAGCUGGGAAAAAGUAAUUCCGGAGAUCUGGACUUUUCUGGCACCGCAGGAGCAACUUCCAAAGUCAAGAAGGAAGUAAUAAAUGCUUCUAAGAGAUCUCCUAAGCCCCACAAUGAUCCAGAAUCCCUUUCGCCGCGCAAGAGACCACGGACAAAGCGUGAGAGGGAUCCAACACCGCCCAGAGAUCCAACGCCUCCCACGCCAUCGCCCAAGAGGAAGCCCAAGGAGAAGGUUCCAACUGUCCAAGCGCAUGUCGCUAAAGCUUCCAGGACUAAGAAGACGUACAAGGUUAAUGUGGAGCUCGAUAUAAGCCUGGAUGCUGAUGUUCUGGUCAAUGUUAAGAGGAAGCCCAAGACUCCAACGACAAGGAAGAGUCCCCGAGCAAAAGUUUCCACUCCCAGAGUCGCAAGUGACGACGAUGAGUGCAUUCCGGCCACGGAAGAUGAGUCUCCACGCAACAGGACCAACAGGAUUAGGAAGACAUUGAAGACAGGAAAGACUCUGGUCCAAAUUCACAAGGAAACUUAACACAAUUUUGUAUUUUCCAUUUAAAAGCAUUUGUCUAAUAAAUUUUCUCAUUGAGCCUA